AGCUGAUUCAUCUGCAUUCACUUGCACGCAAUACUCUGAAUCAGUUAAUAAUAUAGUGCUUAUCACAAUAGGUAACCAGAUGCCUGUAGAGUUGAUUAUAAUAUAGAAGAUUAAAGGGUUUUGAUAUUAGUUCUACGUGUGUGAUUACUUUGGUAUGCAGUAACAUCUUUACUAAACUGCGAUACAAGUUAUGUUUUGAUCAGUUGAAAAUAUUUUUUGGUGUUUUUCUCUCUUGAGCAUCUUCAAUUAUCCCUGCAAUGCUGCAUGGUUCUGCUCCAAUACCUUAUUGUAAAAACAACUAUUUCUUCCAAAUGGAUAACAAUGAAGAAAGGGAAGACAUUUUAGACUCUGACAUCCUGCAGGAUUGCUCCAUAGACAGUACAAGGAAGCAUGAGGAAGAGUUGGAAGAUGUCUACAGUCAGUUGGCUCAGAAGGAACGGGACUUGGUAUUGGCGGCUGAACUAGGUAAAGCACUUUUGGAAGAAAAUAACCUAUUGUUGCAAAAGCAAGAAGAUUUUGCUCAAGAAAUUCAACAGGUGAAAGAGGUUUCUGAGCAAGAAAAGUAUGAAUUGCGUCGACAGUUAGAACAGCUUCAAACGGAGUUUGAUAAUAGGCUGCUAGAUCUGCAAGAUGAAGUUAUCUCCCAAAAAGACGAGCAAGCGAACCAUGAAGCUGUCAUGCGCUCGUCAGACCGCAAACGGCAAGAAAUAAUAGAUGAUUUAAUGGAACAAAACCAACGAUUAGCAGUACAAUUAAAACAGGCAUCACAGACAGAGAUUGAAUUACAUAAUGAAGUUGAAAAAUUACGAGAACAAGUAAAUGUAAAGAAGUCAACCAUGCAUAGCCAUACUCAUCUUCUGGAAACAUUACGAGAAGAGGUUGAAAUAUUAACCACCGCAAAAUCAGAAAUGGAAAAACGUUUGAGUAGUGUAAUAGAAGAAAGGAAUUCGUUAAAUUGUUCCAUCGAAGAAACCAACGACAAAGCACACAUGUGGGAGAGGCAGAAUCGUGAAACUGAAGCACAAUUACGACUACGUGAUUCAGAAUUAAAGGAACUGCGUGAACACAACCAACAGCUUAGUGAACAAGUGGAGAACUUUAAGUUAAAAAUGUCUCUGGGAGAAUCAUUCCAAGGCAGUAACUCACUGAUGGCGGAGCUAGAGAAUGAGCUGUCCAUGUCAAUGCCAGUUUCAAACUACAGUUCAGGGUUUAAAUUAGGGGAUUAUGAUGAGAUAGAAUGCGAUGAAGACUUUGAAGAUGAUGGCGGCAGCAUGGAAGUGGAGAUGCCUCCGAUAGGUCAUGCCUUUGCUCAGGAUAAUUUUGGUGGAAUUUAUACCCAGCUUCUGCAACUCUUUGCAGUUUUAAAAGAUGAUAAUUUAGAAGAUGAUGAUGAUGUAGAUGAUGAAUUUGGUGCAAUAACAGAAAAGACUGUCCUGGAUUUAAUACAAGAAAUUAAGCAGUUAGUUCAGGCCAAGAUUUCUAAUAUUUCAAACUCAGAGAGUGAUUCAAUCAGAGGAGGUUUGGAAAUUGAGCUUAAGCAAAUGAGGGAAGAGUUGUACAUUGCAUAUGGUCAGCUUGAGGCACUGCGAACAGAGAUUGACCGCCAAGAUAAAGAACUCCGACAAAAAUCCAUAGAAGUUGAAGCUGUUACCUCGAAGGCAUGCUUAAACACACAGGUAACAUCGUUUGAUGAACAUUUCCGUACUCACGACAUCUCGCACCUGUUUCUUAGCCCUGAGAAAGUUGCAGCCGCUCAUCAGAUAUCUGAACAUGAUUCCAUACUACAGGAACUUGAACUUAAGCAAGAAGACAAUCUGUCAAAAGAUCUCUUAAUAUUUCAACUUCAAGAAGAACGUGACAAAGCUCAGGCGAGGAUUGACAAAUCAGAAAAAGAGAUUGAAAUUACCAAGAAAGAUCUGAUGGCUCUUGAUGCACAACUUCUGAGCACAAUCCAACAAAAGGCGACCCUUUCGCACCAGUUGGAUGAAUGGCAGGUUGACAUUCAUGAACUUCUUAACAAGCGACUGAAGUCCGAGCUGAGCAAGCAGGAGGAGAAGUACCAAAAGCAACAACAGGCAUCCAGUAGCACAGACCAGAAGAAAGCACACUCAUCCCCACGCAGGUUCAGCCUUUGGCCUAGCACCAGGUGACAUUAGAGAUAUCUGGGUUUUAUGUUUUGGGAUAAAGCUGAUGUGGCUGCUGUGUGUAAUUAUCGAUGCUGGCAACAACUACGUAAUCAUCUAAUAUCCUAAAGUGCAUCAGUACAGUAUCGCCUUAGAAUACCAUAACCAAUCAGUGUCUUAGAAUAGUCAUUUAAUCAAGUAAUCUUUAAAGAAAAAAAAGGAAAAAUAAAAUUUUGUGCUACUUUGUUGUGAUAGAAAUGUAAGAAAAUAUAAAUAAUAAUAAUUAAAAAAAAUAGAUAGAAACUCACUGGACUGUAAUUAAGACAUUCAUGUAAGUACACCUUGAUUUAGAAUAAGGAUAUGUUGAUAAGGUAUUGAAAAAUUGUUAAGUACAUAAAUUAGGUGGAAAAUGUAUAUAGCAAAGGAGCAUCUGGGGCUUAAAAAGAUUGGGGUCCCUUUAAAACAGAGAUUCCUUCUAUAGAUUUUGUUGUCACUGAUCCAGAGAGUGUUUAAACCAUGUUAUUAAGGUAUAAUUCAAAGAAGGUUUUCUAAAUUCUAAGGUUUUAAUUCAUUUUUGUUGCUUUUAGGUCAGCUAGGAUGUAAUACUUACAAAAUUAUAAACUGUUAGAUUCAUUAUAAAAUAUUAUAUUCUAGGUGAUUCUUUAAAUGUUGGUUUUUAAAUAAUUGAUAAUUUAAAAUAAAAUGAAAUAAAAACAAAAUAAUCAAAUAAUCCAUUUCACCUCAAGCUAUUUCCACUAUCAGGAUUUAUGUUGUAAAAUAUGGAUUGAUAGUAUGCAUUUGUGACAUAAAACUUAAUAGUAUGGAUAGAGUUUAACAUGAUGGUUCAACCAACUUGAUCAGAUUAAGUCUUCAAAUUCAAAUUGAUUUUAAUCAUGUACUAUACAAAACAGUACUUACUUAAAUAGUGGAGUAAUUGUAAAUUAUGAAUUUUAAAGUGAAGGCGGCUAUAUGCAAAUGAAUACAUGAUUAGCGUAUAUAUUAUAUAUUUGUAUAUAUAAUUUUUGUGUGAAAAGGGAAUAACCAAAAAUUAGAAUGAGAUUAUGUAUAUAACAAUACAAAAUAUUGUAUUUUUUGGAAAUACAAAAUUAACUUAAUUCAUCUUCCAAAAUAUGUUAAAAGUUAUUGGCUUAAUAAAAAUUGUGAAUAAAAAGUACAGCGAUUAUGUAAAUAAAAAUAUAAAAUAUUGAAUUAUAUGGAAAUUAAAUAAAAACAAAUUGAAUAAUUCUUCCAAAUUUUAUUAUAAACAAAUUGGCCAAACAAAUGUGAAUAGAAAGUAUGACAAAAUUAUGUAAAUAAAAAUAUAAAAAUAAUAUUGAAUUAUUAUAUGGAAAGAUAUAAAUACAAAUUAAAAUUUGAAUCAAUAUUCCAAAUUACAGUAUAUUAGAAAGUAAUUUGUUAUAGAAGCAAAUUCAGCUCAGCUGUCAGCCUCAUGUGCAAAAAUGGACAUAACCAGUAGUUCUGACAGCAUAUGGAAUCUGGGGAGGGGGAAUUCAGGGGAAAGGUAAAAUUUUAGGAUCGAAUAUAGUUUUCAAAUAGGCAGAUUGGAGAUACAAUUACUGAGUUUUAAAAAUUCACGACACUAAAAUGGGUAAUGCUUCUAUCCAUUUGUUUUUACUUAAAUGCACAACACAAAAAGUGAAGCAAAUUAUCUGACAGGAAAUAUACUCACAACCAGCCUCCCCCGUUCCCACCACCUAAAUAUUUUUAAAUAACUAAUAAAAAGUGGAGAAAAAAGAAAAUUACAUUCAAAUUUAAGUCUGAGGGCCAUUUAGAGGUGCCAUAUCAUAAAUUUUCUAAUGUCAGAUUAAACCAUAGUAGGGCUAAGGUGGUACUGACCCAAUUUCUGUAAAAAGUCUUUUUUUGGACCUCCUCUAUUUUGACUUAACAAUCACUAGUACAUUUGAGUCAUUUGAGACACAAGCUUCUGCACAGUUGGUAGGAAGUGUCCAAAAUGCAGAAUAGAUAACUUUGAUUUUGAGUCUCAGAAUCCAUGUGUGUCCUAUGUGCUUGUCAUU